AUGUCAUCUGUAAGCCUGCUUCAAGCUCUACGUCGAUUUUUCGCGUCCAUCGCAUACCCAAAAUGGAUUCUGUGUGAUAACGCCAAGCCAUUCCAUGUCAUCAACGAGCUCCAAACCUCCAUCAACGAGGAAGAACAAAUUGACCCCGACGUGAUGGAUUUCUGCGCUCAAAGGAAAAUCGAAUUCAAAUUUAUCCCAAGUUUCAGCCCUUGGCAGGGUGGAUUGUACGAAAAGAUGAUUCACAUCUUCAAAGUGUCAUUCAAACACGCUCUGAACAAUCGUAUACUCAAAUUGGAAGAACUGAGGACAUUAGCCAAAGAGACAGAAACAAUCGUUAACAACAGACCCUCUCACCUACCAGUUGAAGAGAACGAUCAAAUAACGCCACUCCGUCCAAUGGACUUUCUACACCCGUGGACAACAUUGUCACUUCCUCGAGUGAACGAAGAAACCAGCCAAUGGGAACCUUCGACAACAACAAAAGAAAAUUUGUUGGAAGUUUGGAAAUCAAUAGACAGCAUGCUCAAUCGCUUCUGGAGAAGGUGGACGUCUGAGUAUCUGACUAGUCUCCGAGAGCACUAUUGCAUGACUCACCCACCCGCGGCCCGCGAUGCGUCAACCACACCCGACCACAACAAGGAGACAUCGUUCUGA